GUCAGACGGUAAUAAUGCACGUGUCUGAGGGAGCCGUAACAGAACAUGAGCGCUCAGCUCCCGCUGUCAUAGAGGCCUGAAAAAGCGUAAAAUAAACGCAAAUAGUAACAUUUCCUGCUUGGUUUCAAGCCGUUAACGGACGGCAGACGACGGGAGUGUAACUGGCUGGUCAGAGAGGCGCGGAGCGGGACGACGGUUGGACCUCUAACUGGCCGAGAAGGAGAGAGCAACACACGGGGCGAGGGAAGAAAGUUCUCGGUCUCUGAUACCGGGCCUGUGUGUUUCUUGGCUGCCUGUGUAGCCUCAUAGUGCCAUAUCGGCUUAAGUUAACUUAAUUUCGUAGUAGUUUAACACUGCAAGGACUGGUAUUUGGACGUUAUGGCGGACUACCUGAUCAGCGGGCAGACCGGUUACGUACCAGAGGAUGGGCUGUCGGGUCAGCAGCUGUUCAACGGAGGAGACGGACUCACAUACAACGACUUCCUGAUUCUGCCGGGCUACAUCGACUUCACAGCAGAUCAAGUGGACCUGACCUCAGCGCUCACUAAACAAAUCACCAUGAAAACGCCCUUCGUCUCCUCUCCCAUGGACACCGUCUCAGAGGCCAACAUGGCCAUUGCUAUGGCACUAACAGGAGGCAUCGGCUUCAUCCACCACAACUGCACUCCAGAGUUCCAGGCCAAUGAAGUUCGCAAAGUGAAGCGGUAUGAGCAGGGCUUCAUCACAGACCCCGUGGUGAUGAGCCCCAAUGAGCGCGUACGGGACGUCUUCCAGGCCAAGGCUCGCCACGGCUUCUGUGGAAUCCCCAUCACAGACAACGGCAAAAUGGGUGGCAAGCUGGUGGGCAUCAUCUCCUCCAGAGACAUCGACUUCCUGAAGGAGGAGGACCACAACCUGGCACUGAGCGAGGUGAUGACGAAGCGAGAUGAUCUAGUGGUCGCCCCUGCUGGAGUGACAUUGAAAGAAGCCAAUGAAAUCCUCCAGAGGAGUAAGAAAGGUAAGCUACCUAUUGUGAAUGAAGAGGGCUCCCUGGUGUCCAUCAUCGCCCGCACAGACUUGAAGAAGAACAGAGACUUCCCUCUGGCCUCCAAAGACUCUCGUAAACAGCUGCUAUGUGGCGCCGCCAUCGGGACGCACAAUGACGACAAGUACCGGCUGGACCUGCUGGUGCAGAGCGGGGUGGAUGUGGUUGUACUGGACUCAUCUCAGGGCAACUCAAUCUUCCAGAUCAACAUGAUAAAAUAUAUCAAAGAAAAGUAUCCAGACCUACAGGUCAUCGGAGGCAAUGUGGUCACUGCAGCCCAGGCUAAGAACCUGAUCGAUGCCGGAGUGGACGGGCUGAGAGUGGGGAUGGGCAGCGGCUCCAUCUGCAUCACACAAGAAGUCCUGGCGUGCGGCAGACCCCAGGCCACAGCCGUCUAUAAGGUAUCGGAGUACGCCAGGCGUUUCGGCGUGCCGGUCAUCGCUGAUGGAGGCAUCCAGACGGUUGGGCACAUUGCCAAAGCCCUGGCACUGGGAGCAUCCACAGUGAUGAUGGGCUCUCUGCUGGCUGCCACCAGUGAAGCUCCAGGUGAAUAUUUCUUCUCUGACGGCAUCAGGCUGAAGAAAUACCGCGGCAUGGGCUCCCUGGAUGCCAUGGACAAAAAUCUGGGUUCCCAGACCAGAUACUUCAGCGAGUGUGACAAGAUUAAAGUUGCUCAGGGUGUUUCUGGAGCGGUGCAGGACAAAGGCUCCAUCCACAAGUUUAUUCCCUACCUGCUGGCUGGCAUUCAGCACUCCUGUCAGGACAUCGGAUCCAAGAGCCUCACACAGCUCAGAGCCAUGAUGUACUCUGGAGAUCUGAAAUUUGAAAAGAGAACAACAUCAGCUCAAAUGGAGGGUGGAGUCCACAGCCUACACAGUUAUGAGAAACGUCUGUUUUGAAAAGAAGCCAGCCGAUAGAGACUCCUUCCAACGGACACAUUAUGCAAACACACUACAUGCCAGACCCUCUGACAUUCAUACUCUACUCACACAACUAAUGUCUCAUAAAAUUAGUCUUCAAUGAUAAGCUCACACACACUCAACUCUUCCAAGGAUCCAUCAAGUCUUCCUGCCAGUGUCAUCUAUGCAUCGUCUGUUUAGUGUAGCUGUGUGUGGGUGUGUGUGCCUGAAGGAGGGGAACUGAGCAUUUAUCAAUCAGUGCACGUGUGAUUGAGUCCUCCAAUGCCUUUCAUGUUGCGAUUAAAAUAAUGUCUGGUGUGUCCAUUUUAAGGCAAAACAGUUGCCCAAGAAUAAAGAAUAUGUGUUUUUCCACAA